AUGAGCGAAACGCCUUCGACCAGUUACUCAGUGAAUCAGCCAAACUCCUCUGAGAGUGAACAGACUUUAUCUACACGCCAUUUCAAUGUCACUGAACCUGUUGUGGCCAAACGGAUCUGUUUCUACAAAAGUGGAGAUCCUCAGUUUAAUGGAAUUAAAAUGGUUGUUAAUAAUCGAUCUUACAAAACAUUUGAUGCCUUGCUUGACAGUUUAUCCAAACGGGUCCCGUUACCUUUUGGGGUGAGGAAUAUUAGUACACCAAAAGGGAGACACAUCAUCACUAAUCUGGAGGAUCUUGAAGAUGGAAAAUCGUAUAUUUGUUCCCACCAGAGGAAAAUGAAACCGAUCAACCUUGAACGGGCUAGGAAAAAGCCACUGCCUUGGCAGAUCAGCAGGCCUGUCAGUGCUCAUGGAUUUGGCCACAGAGAAAGAAAAGUAACAACUCCUAAAAAGCUGCUUGUUUUCAAAAAUGGUGAUGUAAGACUCAAGCGCACCAUAGUUCUGGGAAAGAAAAAUACGCAGACCUUUGAGGCCUUUCUGGAUUAUAUGAGUGAAUUAAUGCAGUAUCCAGUUGUGAAACUGUAUACUACUGAUGGCAGAAAGGUUCCUAAUCUUCAGGCCCUGAUAUUGUGCUCUGGAGCUGUAGUCGCAGCAGGGAGAGAGCCUUUUAAACCAAGCAAUUAUGAUCCUCUUGGGUAUUCACGGACUGCUAAAUUGCUUGGAAUUGGAAAUCGUGUGUACCCAAAAGCAAAUGCCAAGCUGGAGAAUGAAAGUAUGAGAGCUGAAAUGGCCUCUAGCUCAAGGUCUCAGAUAUUCUCAAUUUCUUCUGAUAAAGGAUCCAGCAAUGAUAACACCACAAAUGAUAAUAACUCAGAUUCUUCCUAUGGUCUUGAGAAUUAUAAAAGUGUAGUAGGAAAUCAGUCACUUACUGAUGAAGAUUUAUCUGUGGCACAGUAUGAAGAUGACAUUGAGAAAUCUGUUCACCUUAAUCAAGAUGGCAGCAUGACAGUAGAAAUGAAAGUUCGAUUCAAAAUUAAAGAGGAAGAAACCAUAAAAUGGACAACAACUGUCAGUCGUGCUGGCCUUUCUGAUGGCAAAAAUAUUAAUAUUGGCAAUUCUACAACAGGUGCAGAAGACUGUUUAUCUGAUGUAAAUAUAUCAGCAUGUAUAAAGCCAAAAGAGGUUCCAUUUUUGGAGAGCUCCAGCAAUGGAGUGGGAGUCUCACUGCAGCAGUUCAAUGCAGAAGUGUCAGACAAAGAAUCACAGUCUGAUUUAAAAACUGCUGAUUAUAGUACCUGUCAGACAAACACUUCUGCACACCUAGAUGUUAGUAAUGCAUCUGAGAAUAAAACAAGACCUCGUUUUUACAGGCCUCCCACUCCUGGGCCAAGACGGGUUAGACAAAAGAAAGCAGUAGUUGAAAGUGUCACCUUGGUAUCUGAGAAGGAGAUUCAGGAGAAAACAGUUGGACAGUUUUCCUACAGUGAAGAAAUACAGGAUGGUGAAAGCAAAUCUGAGUAUUGCAUGGUUGCUCAUUCAAGCAGCAAAAAAUCAAGUACUAGUGAAAUGAGUGACAAUGAUUUGUUAAAACUUUCUUCAGAGAGUAGGAAGAAAGAAGAAAUGCUUUUUAAAGUAAGCCACAAAAGUCAUGAUUUAAUAGAAACCUCAAAUACGAAGAAAUUAGAUUUGUCUGAUGAGGAUGAAUUGUUACACAAAAUAUUAGAGAAAUCUGUUGUAGAACAGGGUGCAUAUAACAGCUUAGUAUCAACACGCAAAGCUAACAUCAGUGGUUUUAAGCCAGCAUCAAAAAUUUACCAGGGAACUAGGCCAGUUUCUGCAGACAAUACUCAGGAGCUACAUAGUCAGACAAAUAUGAUACCUGCAUGUAGUAAAGCUGCCAUUGAAAAAAUAGAUCCAACAACUGGAUUCUUUCCUAGUGUUAUUGAAAGUGAGAAUCAAAAGAGCACCAGGACUGAAUCUGUUAUGGUAACACAUCCCACUGAUGAAAGCCAGGCUGCAACUUCCCUCACGAAAAAGAAAAAGAGAAAAACAUUGUCUAACCUGCCAGAACAAGAUAUACAUGAAGAUGGAAAAGAUAAAGAAGUAUUAGGGAUAAUUGAAAGUCAGGGAAUAUAUAUCACAGGUGAAACUACACAGAAUUCCACAAUACAGGCUACAGAUUCUGAAAUGCCUCAGAAAAAAGAAAUGGAAUAUUUUGUCAAAACUACUGAUAGAUCUGUUAAUUCAGACAAAAGCAUAAGCCCUGAAGAUGAGAUUUGUCACCAGUCUUCAGUAGAAAACCAGGAAUGUGGAUUAUCUAAUAGGAAAAUCAGAGCAAAUAGACAGCUGAACAAAAUAAAAUCCAAGUCAGGCAAAAAAAAUAGUUCGGCCUUGUGUGCAAAGCAAGAAGAUAGCCUAACGAGAGUUGAUUCAAAAACUGAAACUGAACAGGGUCAAGAUAAGGCAAGUAUUGAGAAAGAAGGCACACAUCUCACAAUGAAUUCUUUUGAACAGAUACCUAAUUCAACAAUGAUAUCCACGCCAUUGUCAGAAGUAUCAAAGGAUCAUCAUUUAGAAAAAGAAAGGGAUAAUAAUAGUUUGGAAAACUUGUCAUCAAAAAAAGAGAAAAAGCAAAAGAAAAUUAAGAAGAAUCUAAGUAAAACAUCAAGUAAGACAAGUGUAUCAGAGAGAGCCCUUACACUAGAGCCUCUGAAACAGGAGGAUUUUCAAGAUCAUGUUGCUGAGCAUUCACUUGAAAACUAUGUUCAAAGUUGGCUGAAGAACUUGUCACCAAAUUCUGUCUUACCCCCUAUAAGCAAAAAAGAAGGAAAUUUGCCAUUUCUGAAACAAACUACAAUCAUAGAAAAAAUUGAUGAACUUAAGACUGCUAUCUCACAUUUUGAACAGUCAACAGAAAAUAACUUACUACAGUCUGGAAGAGAACUCAAAAAACAGGACUCUACACAUUGCCUUGAAAAUAUGCCCAUAUCUGAAAAUCAUAAUAAUUUACAUUUGCAAGAAAAUGAAAACUCAGUUGAAUCCUGCUUUCCAAAGGACACUAUAAAUUUUGAAGAAGCUCAAGAAAAUGUUGGUGAAUUAGAAAGCUGUUCUGAUAUACAGGAAGAACUUUAUAUAGCAACAGAGACUUCAGAACUAAAUGAUUUAAAUACUCCCAAAACAUUGCUAAAUGGAAAAUACACCAAUACUAAUUCAGAUGAUUGUAGCCUUACAUCGUAUGUAAAGCCACAUGGAAGAAAUGAAGAAAUGGUUGAUAGUUCAUUGCAGCAUUUUCAAGAUACUGAUGCGUUGCUUAAUAAUGAACAGCCAGAAACUUCAGUAGAGCCUAAGUCGACUGUUCCUAGGGUAACUUCUAGAGAGAAAAUCUGUAACUUAGAUCAGGUUACUUCUGAAGUAGUAGGAGAAAAAGAUCUAUCAAACACCUAUCAAAGCAAAGAUGAGAAAGUUGCCCCAAAAUCAGCAGGUAAUGAUGAAAAGCCAAAUAACCAACUUAAUCAAGGUUCUGACCUCUCUACAGAAUAUGAUUAUGAGGAUGAUUCUGUUCAGGAGGGAAGGAAAGAUACAGAAACUCAUGAAGAAACCUCUGAGAGGUUAUCUACACCUUCUCCAUUAUCUUUUUGUUAUGAAUCGAAGCAAAUUACAGAAUGUGAUAUGAGUGAAGGAGAACAAAAAUUACAAGUGAAAGAGCUGGAGAAUAGAAUAUGUUCCGAUAUUUCUCGAUUAGAAAAAUGCUUAAAAAGUCCUGCUACAUCAGACUGGUCAGAUUACAGACCCGACAGUGAAGAUAGUGAUUGUAACUUUAGAGCAUCCAGCGAUUUGACCAAUGAAAGUGGGGAGGAAGCAGCACUUGAAAAACAUUAUAAUACUGGCUAUGUAAAAAGGACCAUUGAACGACUUUAUGGUAAGGCAGAAGCUUCAUUUAAACCUAACUUUCACACAGGAAUUCCUUAUAUGUCUAAAGUAUUUCAAAAGAAUACUGAGGAAUUCCACUCUACAGUGGUGGAAAGAAAAGUUUCUUCUUUUGAAGAAUCUAGGUCUUAUUCGGCAGAGAAAUUGUCACUGCCAUCAGAAGAAUUUCCAGAAAACAUAAACAAGGAUGACAUUACAUGGAGAAGAGAAAAUAUUUCUUUAUCAGGACCACAAGUUGCUCUUAAUGGAGAAGAGACAACUUAUACUAAUGACUGUUCAGGGGAACCUCCAAAGCAAUGUUGUCAACCUAGUAUACAUGCUAAUGAAGAUGAAGGAAUAUUGAUUGAUAAAGGCAAAUGGCUACUUAAAGAAAAUCAUUUGAUCAGACAAUCGCCACCUGAAAGGAUUGGAAUGUAUGGUAAUUUGGAUUCAACAUCAACAGACACAAUGUUUGAUACCAAUAGCGAAGAUGCUCCAUAUUCACACUUUGGCAAUCUGACUCAAUAUCCAGCCCUCAAAGAAAUUUCUUCUUCAGAACUUGAAGAUAUGGUUAAACCCUCAGAAAAUGUUUGUAACUACUUCAAUAUACCUCAUAAUAGUGAUUCAGAUCCUUUUCUGGAUGACUUGAGUACAAAAAGCAAACCUAGCCUCCACUGUAAAACCAGCUCUCUUCCUAUAGGAAACAAAGAAAAAAUCAACCCAUCAGUAAUGGAAUGUUCUACUUCUAAAUGUGUUUCCACAGGAGCUAAUACCAGUUUUACACCCUUAACACCUGUAGAGUUUAGAUUGCCUGAUAACAAGGUGCAUCCAUUAAAACAGCCUUUAAAUGAUGAACCCAUACAGUCUCAGCCAAAUGAUGUCAGUAAUGCUAACAGAAGUACUCUUCGGGAAGAAGAUUCUUUAGAUAAACUUCAUGCUAUAUGUGGCCAACAUUGUCCAAUACUGAUGGCAAUAGUAACACCAGUUAAUGAGGAACAGAGAGGAUAUGUCUACCAAAAAGCAUCUGACCUUGAGAACCAGCUAGGUCUCUACUCAUUGGCCAAGAAGGGUCAACAUUUACUAUGGUCUUGCAAAGAUUUAAUAAAAGAUGAAAAUAAUUAUGUGACUAUUAAGAAUAACUGUAUCAGUAAGAUUGCCAAUAAUAUUUUUAAUAGAUUUUAUGCUAAUAACACAUUAGAUUUUAUUAGUAACCUUGACGUUCUAAAAUCUUCAACCUCGAAAGAGAGAAGCAAUUUAGGGAAGUUCUGUGUUAUAGAGGAUAUGGAGGUAAAUCCUGUGAAGAUCCACAAUUGUCGUAAUAGUGUAUUUGGGAAAUGGAAGGUGUCAGUCCUCACCAGUGAUAUCCCAUCUGCAGGAACAAGCUCACAGGUUUAUAUUACAUUGUAUGGGGAUCGCAGCAGUUCAGGGCCUAUUUUUCUUGAUGGAGAGGAAAGGAAAUUAUUUCAGAGAGGCAAUGAAGACAUCUUCACAAUCAAUACUGGAAACCUAGGAGAUCUCUUUAAAAUACGCAUAGGACACACAAAUGCAGGGAACUUCCCAGCGUGGCACUGUGAUGAGGUGCGGUUGCUGAACCUCUACUCAGGAGAGCAGUUUUACUUCCCUGCACGUCGAUGGCUAACCUGGGACCAAGGUGAUGGGGAAAUCUGUCUGGAGCUUCCUGUUUUACAUCAUGGUCAACCAGUUCUUCCAGUGACUAUCUAUGAAGUGCAUGUGACAACGGGAGAGCUGUGGAAUGCUGGAACUGAAGCUGAUGUCUAUAUUUCUAUCUAUGGAGAAAAAGGUGAUACAGGUUCAAGACAGCUACAUAGGUCACCAAAACCCAAGAAAUUUUUAAAAGGACAAACAGACAACUUUCCUGUUGAAGCUGUGCACCUUGGGCAUCUCUACAAGAUUGUUAUUGGGCACAAUGGCCUUGGAUCAGGAAAUGGCUGGUUUCUGGACAAGGUUGUAAUCAAGGAUCCUAUCACAGAUCUGGAUUAUACUUUCUUUUGUCACAGAUGGCUGGAUCAUGGGCAGGAUGAUGGCAAAAUCGCUAGAGAACUGACCGUGACAGAUUCUGGCCCAUUUUCUGGAAGGCAAGAGCUGAGGCUCAAGAGUGAGGAAAGUUGGGCUGCUGAAAAGUGGAAGUUUCAAGAAGGAAAUAAGCUUCAGUUCUACAACAGGCUCACCCGUGGUUUCAUAUGCCUCAGUCCAGAUGGGAAAGUUGAUGCUCUUGGUGAUAAGAAAAACAAAUAUGGCAUUUUUGAUGUAAUUGUCAAAAGGAGAAAUAUAUAUGUAUUCAGCAGUCAUCAGAUGCCACAUCUUGCUCUUGCUGUUGUCAGUGGCUACGUAACUGGAAAGAGCAAAGGCGAGACUCACUGUGAGCUGUGUGUACACAUGCAACCCAAUCGCUGUGCCAUUCUGGAGUCAGCCAGGAAUCCAGGUCACACCGUUACAUUCAGUCUUCAAGGCAAAGUAGCUGACGAAACAACAGGAUAUGCUGGACUUUCUAAAGAAUUUGUUGUGCACGUCAAGGGCACAGGUGAUGAAUAUUGUCACUUUAAAAUUGAGCAUAAUUUGGAAAGCGGAUCUGUAAGUCUAGAAUCAGUAAGAAACAAAGGAAUCUAUGUUGGUCUUCUGCCGGAUGGCCAGGCUAAGCCAGUCAUUCACACUGGAGAGAGAAACAUUUUAUUCUAUCCACAGGUCAUCAAAUUUGGCCGUGAGAAGCCCAUGGGAACAUCUGCAGCACCCAAUCGAAAGAAAAAAGAGUUCAGAGAAUCUGAACACCAACCAGCCAAUGAGCAAUCUGAGCAACAACCAGUCCAGAAGCCAGGAUCCCAAAGCCCUAUAACAUUUCCACCCACAGAGGAAAUGAGAAAUCCCCAAGGUGUUGAGUGUCCCCUUCCUUCAGAUGAUGAAUGGAAAGUGUCAGUGCUGACAGGAAAUUCAGGAACUCAAGCAAAUGUCAUUCUCUGGAUAUAUGGAGACAGAGGAGUAGCUGGACCAAUAACUCUUGUCAAGGACAGCAGACAGCAGAUGUGUCUUUCCAGGCAGGAGAAUGAAUUUCAGAUUAAAAUAAAAAGCAUUGGAAAUAUCUACAAAAUAAGAAUUGAACACGAGCGAACAAGUGACCAUUUGGACUGGAAGUUACAAAGGCUUAUACAGCCUGAUUUUGACAACCACAUUUACACAUCAGUAACAGAUUUUGACAUUAAUCCAAUGGCCUUAAUGGUCAGCGCUUUUGAAGUGGGAGCUGUUUCUCUUGGAAAGCUGCAGAAGGUGCUGUUGCGCUGUGAGGCUAAUACGAAGUCCCAGUAUUGGUACUGUGAUAAAGUCAUUGUCAGGGAAGCCGAGAAGAACUUGGAAUAUGUUUUCUGUUGUGAAAGAUGGCUUCCAUUUAUGUCCCAAGGUGUAAUUCAUUCAGAAAUUGAGCUGUACCCUCAAGAAUUUCAAAUAAACUCACAGCUGCAAAUGCAAGAAGAAGCAAAUGAAGGAGAGUGGAAGAUUACUGUGGUCACUGGGGAUUUUGAAACAGCUGGAACAACAGCAACAGUGUCCCUUUAUGCGUAUGGAGAAAACAAAGCUUCUGGUCCUAUUAUUUUGGGGUCUGGGAAACACCAGCUGUUUAAUCCCAACAGUGCUGACACUUUUAAGAUUAAUCUUAGGGAUCUUGGGCAGCUAUAUAAAAUUCGCAUUGGCCAUGACAACACUGGAGAUGAUCCUGGAUGGUACCUGGAGGAAGUCAGACUUCAAAGAGUAGUCCCUCUUUCUGAUCAGGAGAUUUGUCUCCCCGUAGAGAGUUGGCUUGCUGAAGACAAGGAUGAUGGGGACACGUGGAGAGAAGUGGCAAUUAAAAAUCCCACAAAGGAGCUUUUGCCAUUGGUGGUGUAUGAGAUCCACGUAUACACAGGCUUUAAACCCGGUGCUGAAACAGAUUCGAAUGUUUAUAUCAAUCUUAUUGGAACAAGAGGAGAUACUGGCAAGAGGAAGCUCCAUAGAUCUAAGAAUAAUAAUGUAAAAUUUCUACAUGGACAGAUGGAUAUUUUCUUCAUAAAGGCUGUCUCACUGGGAGACCUGGAGAAAGUUCUGAUUAGCCAUGAUGGAACUGGUCCAGGCAAUGGAUGGUUCCUGGAUAAGAUCGUCAUCAAACAUGAAGAAGGAAAGGAAGCUCAAGAGGUUGUAUUUCCUUGUAAUAGAUGGUUAGAUGAAUACCAAGAUGAUGGGAGAACACAACGAGAGCUAACUGCCGAAAAAUAUAGCAAUUCAAAGAAGGAAUUCUCCAAAGGACAACAGUGGAGGGUGCAGGUUCAAACAGAUGGAGAUUCCCCAGAGCCACAGGAGUGUAAAAGAACCCUUGUGAUUUAUGGCUCGAAAGGCAAAAGUGAUGACCUUCUGCUUUCUCCACGAAACCCAGGAUACGUGUGCUUUCUACCAAAAGCAACAGACGAAUUCAUUGUUGAAACUGGAGACGUGGGAAAUGUAUACAAGAUUCGGGUCAGCUGUGAUGAUAUGCCAGGCUUUGAGGGUUGGCAUUUGAAGUCUUUUCACAUAGAAGAGCUACAUACAAAACAAGAAUUGAACUUUGACUGUAGCUGCUGGCUCUCUCUUACCAGAGAAGACAGGGAGCUGGUGAAAGAAUUCCCCGCAGUGGGUGAGGACGGGAAAACUUUACCAGUCUAUAAGUAUGUUGUCUCUGUACACAUUGGUGACCGCUGGGGAGCAGAAACCUUUGCAAAUGUUUGGAUCACUCUCUAUGGCAAAAAAGGGGACACAGGUGUGAGGAAACUUCAUACAUCUUUAGCAAAUGGAAGAAAAUUUCAAAGGAAUAAGGUGGACUCAUUUUUGGUGGAAGCUGUUUCUCUGGGUCAUUUGCAGAAAGUAGUCAUCCAACAUGAUGGAGAAGGAUAUGGGGCUGGGAUGUACCUGAAGAUGAUAACAGUCCGGGAGUUUCAGGACUCAGACAAAGAAUGGGUUUUCCCAUGUUGUAACUGGAUUGAUACUCAUCUGGGAUUAUGUGGGACUGCUUGUGAGAUUUUGACCGUUGGCAAAAGAUUGAUUUCUAGUCCAAAACUACCUGAAAUGAACAUACAGUUAUCAGGUCUCUGGAUAAUGGACAUCACUGGAUCUGACUUGAACAAUGAAGUGGAUCCAAUACAUCUCUCUCUCAUCUUCUAUGGGGACCUGAAUCACAAAGAGUUGCCACUUCAAAUUACUGGAAAAGCAAUUCAAAUCCAAGAUGAACUGACAGAUAUUGGCUCAGUCUACAAAGUUCAGGUAAUGGGCCCACAUAGCAAAUUAAAACAGCCGUGGCACUUGGAUUUACUGCAUAUGAAGCACACAGCCACGAAUGAAGAGAUGUAUUUAGCUUUUGACUGCUGGUUCAACCCUAAUGAAGACAAAUGUGUGGAACUGCCAGCCCUCUAUGCAGAUCAGGAGCCCUUGCCUGUUGUGGAAUAUUCAAUCCAUUUGCACACGGGAGACUUGAAGAAAGCAGAUGCCACUGGUGAGGCCUAUCUAUGUAUUCAAGGAGAAAGAAGCAACUCGGGAAAACGAUGGCUUAACUCAAGAAGCAGCCUGAUCACUUUUGCUAGAGGGCAGGUGGAUACGUUCAAAAUAAAAGCUGUAUACCUUGGCAAGUUGAAUCAAGUUCUUGUUGGAUUUAAGAGCCCAAAAAAAGAUGACUGGUUCUUGGAAAAAAUUGUUAUUAAAGAAGGCAUUUAUCCUUUCUCCACACACAUCUUUGUUCACAAUAACUGGAUCAAUAAACGCUCUAAGAAAGAUUUUGUAGAAGUGAUAAUUCCGCUUAAAGAAACAUCUGAGACAUCUCCUCUCACAAAAGAAUUUGAUAUGAACAGCCAAGGACGAUGGCAAAUGUGGGUGGACUGUAUUUAUGUACCAGAAGAUGUUCCUGAUAUUCAAGUUGUUAUAUUUGGAAAAAAGGGGAAAUCCUCUGCACAGAAAGUUCAGAAUCUGAACAAUAAUCCAUUUUUGUUGUCUGUUGGUGAUAUUGGAGAUAUAACAAAAGUUUCUUUUUUGUUAUCUUAUCCAUGUUUGGGAAGAGGAAUUAAACUUCAGAAGCUUCGUCUGAAAGACCUGGACACUAACGAAGACUUGAGCUUUUACACUGAAGCCCAGAGUCUAUUUGGAGAAGAUGGGUCAGCAACUGUGACAGAGCUAGCAGCAGUCAGACCAGAUAAGACACCACUCAGGGAAGUGCUUUAUUCAAUCAGCGUUCAUACGGGAACAUUACCUGCAUCAGGUACUGAUGCAGAGGUGUUCAUCACAAUUUUUGGAGAAAAAGGUGAUUCCUGCAGAAGGAGACUAAGGCACUCAAAUUUUGAAAGAGGACAGGUUAGUAGGUCUGAAUUGAAAGCAAUAGACCUCGGACUCUUAAGCGAAGUACUUGUUGAGCACAGUAAUGUGGGUUAUGGAGCUGGAUGGUAUCUAGACCACAUUAUCAUCCAUGAAUCAGGCAAGACUGAUGGAGAAUAUGUGUUUUUAUGCCAGCAAUGGUUAGACAGCGGAGUUGGUGAUACACAGAUGAAACGAAUGUUGAGACUUCUUGGAAAAGUCAGAAAUGAGCUGUUGACGGGGAAUGUUCAUGGAACUUGGGAUGUCUUUGUCACAACUACUGAUGUUUCUUCUAGUUUCAUUAGCCCUAAGAUGUCUCUAACUGUAUGUGAUGAAACAGGUACCUGUAAUUCAGUCACAUUUCCCAAAGAAUCUCUUAAAAAAAAACAAAUUUACGAGACUUCAAUUGAACUAAGUAAGAAAUUCAGUACUAUACACAAAGUUCGCCUAGAAAUUGAAGAAUCUGGAGAAGGAGGGACUUGGCAUUGCUGUGAGGUAAAGCUUCAACACAGAGAAAGUAAGAAUAUUCUAGAAUUUCCCUUCUCUCGCAACUUUGCAGAUGGCGAAGGAUUAACGGUGGCAGAACUUCCAGUUCUCACAGCUGGUUUGCCUUUUCCAGCAGUGAAAAACUAUGUCCUCUAUAUCACUACGGGAACAUCCCCUGGGUCAGGAACAGAUGCAGAUGUGUUUGUCAUGCUGAAAGGUCCUUUGGGAGACACAGGAAGAAGAAAAUUAGUAAGAAAAGGAGAUGAUAAUUUCACUAAAGGAAAGGUAGAUGUUUUCCAAGUGGAAGCGGUAGAUCUUGGGACUCUGCAAGGGAUGGUUGUUGAAAAAGGGAAAGGCUCUGACUGGUUCCUGGAGAAGAUUAUUGUGAAAGAGUCAGUAAUUUCAGGGACAGAAACACUGUUUGUGGCUCAAACAUGGCUAAAAGACAAAGGGGAUGGAAAAAGACCCGCUUCAGUAACUCUAAAUGCCACAGUGUAUUCUGACAGGUCUGCCUAUGGAAUACACCAGCGUUCAUUCGACUCAAACUCUAGCUGGCUACAGUGUGCAACGGCUUCAUUUGUAGUUGCCAUCGAUGCUGUUGAGCUGGGAGAACUGGACAAAGUCAUUCUUCUAAUCAGCAGUAAAGCAGAUUGCAAACUGGAUGUUAAAAAAUUGCAUUUAAAGGAAGCUCUAAAGGAGGAUCCUAUUUAUGUAUUUGAAGUGAAUGAAGACAAAAGGAAGAAUGGCAUAGAUAACAACUCACAUAUAGAAGGAGGUCAACCAGGAAAUCUGGCAGAGUAUACUAUUAAAGUGUACACAGGUGACAAAAGGGGAGCAGGAACGGAUGCCAAUGUGCAUAUUAUUUUAUUUGGGAAUGAAGACAAAUCUGAAGUAUUUCAGCUCUCCCAGUCACUGGAGCAUCAAGAUCCCUUUGAAAGAGGAAGGGUUGAUACAUUCAAGAUUAUGACAAAAAAAAUAGGAAGCCUUCAUUCAAUUGAAAUUGGUCAUGAUGGGAAAGGAUUCGCAAGUGGCUGGUUUUUGGAAAAAGUAGAAAUCACAGAUGUAUCUAAUUCAGUGUAUUACUUUAACUGUAACAGGUGGCUGGCUGAAGAUGAAGGUGAUGGCCGCACUGUAGUGAAACUUUAUCCAUAG